UAGAACGGGCGGGCGAAAUUACGUGAGAGAAAGAACCUCAGAUUGAUGGAGUCCGCCGUCGGACAGAAUAGCUGCUUAGUGACUAGGAGCGGAGCGCCCCUUUCUUGUUCUUGGUGGCGUCUAUAGCGAAGAAGACCUUCCCGAACGAGGGCCGUCCAGUCCCUGGCCGGCUCUCGGUUCUUGAGCAAGCUCCUCCACUGCAGGUAGGAUGCUCAUAGAUGAAGAAAAGAGACUUUAGGCAAGUGGUUCUGGUAGCUCAGCUGGUUAGAGCAAAACAAGCAACGGAUUGAGCAACUAGCGCGAAAGCCGUUGCGCGUUAGCGCAUCCGUUUUCUUGCUGGACUGCAAAUCCUUUUUUUCUUGUUUCAGUGGGAAGAGCAAGGGGCAUUGCCCUGGAAAUCCUUCAGUGGUUCGAAUCCACAUCUGAGCGUCUUUUUUUCGGUAUGCCGCUCCGCGAGCAAGGAGCGCCGCGAGGAGAGCGAGAGAACGAAGUGGGCUUUGGUGAUGUCGGAAUUUGCACCUAUUUGUAUCUAUUUAGUGAUCAGUUCGCUAGUUUCUUUGAUUCCACUCGGUGUUCCUUUUCCAUUUUCUUCCAAUAGUUCGACCUAUCCAGAAAAAUUGUCGGCCUACGAAUGUGGUUCUGAUCCCUCCGGUGAUGCCAGAAGUCGUUUCGAUAUACGAUUUUAUCUGGUUCCUAUUUUAUUUAUUAUCCCUGAUCCGGAAGUCACCUUUUCUUUUCCUUGGGCAGUACCUCCUAACAAGAUUGAUCUGGUUGGAUCUUGGUCCAUGAUGGCCUUUUUAUUGAUUUUGACGAUUGGAUCUCUCUAUGAAUGGAAAAGGGGUGCUUCGGAUCGGGAGUAACCACUUUAGAAAGGGCAAUGGGGGGAAGGACAUAGGAAAGAGGGAUGCCU